GCUGAAGUGGAGCCGGAAGUGGAUGCUCCGGCCAGAUACAGUUUCGCGUCACGCCAGCGCCUGCUGGCCAAGUGGAGGCGUGCGUCUGCUGCAGCGACAACGCGACACUUGCUGCACCAGGCAGGUGAUCACAGACCUACACCAUCUCACUUCGUCAACAGACCAGCCUCCCUCACACCUGUGUGUGUCCGCGGACUGCCUGACGGCUUCAAGUGGCAAGUUGGUCCAAGGCUGACGUCAUCAAUGGUGUUAUCAACACCGCUGAGACGAUCGCACCUGCGGUGCAUAGGACACUCUAUCCAUCCCUGCCGUCCACGCGCCAUUGAAGACCCUCGCUGAUGAGACGGCGAUGAGGGCAGAGGAGAUCCCCGUGGUCGUCUACGCGGCCAUGGUGAUGGUCUUCGGCGUUGUGGGCAACAGCGUCGUCUGCUACAUCUGCCGAUGUCGCAUGAGUCGCAGCGUGCUCAACAACUUCGUGCUGGCGCUGGCCGUCCUUGACCUCGCCGGCUGCGUGCUGGUCUUGCCUCUGGAGAUGACGCUGCUGCACCACAGGUACCGGAUCUUCGAUCACUUACUGUGCGUCACGCAGCGCCUGAUGCGCACCACCCUACUUAUCGGCUCCGUCUUCACUCUCAUCGCCAUCGCCGCCGAACGCUACCGCCGCAUCUGCCACCCGCUGAGUGGCCACAUCACCCUCCGUCAGUGCCGCGUCGCCAUCGCCGGCGCGCUGGUCAUCGCCUUCCUCCUCGCCUGGCCCACCCUCGUUAUCUUCGGGGGGAGCACUGUGCCGCUUUCGCCUGCCGCUGCCGCCACCCAUGUCAUCGUCGGCGGCAACAACACGGCAAGGGUGGGGGUGCACUGCGGGGUCAAGGACGGCAUGCAAGGCUCCGUCUACCCCACCGUCUACUUCACCUUUCUCUUCGUCCUCUUCUUCGGCGCCACGACCUGUCUGUGCACACUAUACGCACUGAUCGCCCUGCGACUGUGGCGCGGCCAAAAACUGAAGACGGACUCCAGGACCAUGUCCGCCUCGCUACCCGACUGUCGCCGCCUCCACGCAUGCGGGGUAACUGCAGGGGGAGGCGGUGCAGUGGACAUGCCCGCCAAGCUGUUCGAGGAGCUGACGCGCUCCCUGCAGCUGCGCAGACGCAAGGACGCCGUCAACCUGGUCAUCGUACCCACCCCUAGCUUCCGCCGGAAGCGGAAGGCUGCCUUCAGCAGGAAGCGCUCUACUUUCAUCAUGUUUCUCAUGACGUUGACCUCGCUGGUCAGUUAUCUCCCUUAUGUGAUCGUCAGCAUUCUUUUCGUGGCGGCGCCGGGCUUGAUGCUGGCAGGCACGAGCGCGAUGAAGAGCGCCCUCUUGAACCUUUGCCUGAAGUCGUACUUGAUCAGCAGCGCCGUCAACCCCUUCAUCUACGGCUUCUGCAACCACAAGUUCAAGGCUGAGUGCAGGAGGCUAGUGCGGGGGUUGAAGUGUUCCAGGGACGUGGAGGAGGACAGCUCCGACAUGACUCCUCCCUACCCAUAGACAGAUCCACCUCAACAAGUGUCAGGAACGUGGACCACUGGGGAGACACCUGUUGUCAGGGAAGCUUGACUGAUGAUCACGUCGGACGAGAAUUGGCCGAGAUAGGAAGUGGGACUAGUGCAGUGGGGAGUGUAACAGUCCCCGAGAAUUUUCUGACGUAACCUUUGUGCUGCGCGAGACCUCAAACCGGUGAAAACAAAAACAAUGGAAGAUCACUUCACAGUGGGAUUACCAACAAGGAAUAUUACUCAAGGUAUCUUUGUGAACAUGACAAGAACUUACUGCCUUGAAAGAUGGCGACUGAGCACUAGUCAUCACAAUCCACAUUACUUGUCGUUAUUUUAUACUUCACUAGUUCUUACAAUGAUUUUCUCAGUGCUUGUGUUUAGUGUGUGUGUGUGUGGGUGGGUGGGUGUGUAUGUGGGUGUGCUGCCUCCGAGGCUGUAUUUUAAAAUAUUUAUUCGAGAAAAUAUGUUGGAAAGUUACAGUUCAUGCAACGAAUGUAAAUAAAAUGCUUAAAUUUUU